AUGAGAAGCAGCAACCAUGUGAUAGGUUUCCUCAACUUCAUGACUUUGCUUCUCUCCAUCCCCAUCUUGGGUGGAGGCAUAUGGCUGAGCAGCCGUGCAAACACCACAGACUGCAUGAAAUUCCUGCAGUGGCCGCUCAUAAUCAGUGGCGCCUCCUUAAUGCUCAUCUCUCUGGCCGGCUUAGCCGGCGCAUGCUACCGCAACACCGUCCUCAUGUACGUGUAUUUGUGGGCCAUGUUUUUUACGAUUGUGGCCCUGGUAGGCUUCCUCAUCUUCGCCUAUUCUGUCACCGAUAAGGGGUCGGGCAGGCCGGUCAUGAGCCGGGCAUAUCAGGAGUAUUACCUGCAGGACUAUUCGGGGUGGCUGGAGGAGCGGGUGAGUAAGCAGAGUUACUGGACUAAGAUCAGUUCUUGCAUUAGGGACUCCCAUGCGUGUAACAAAAUGAGGAGGAUUGUUAGGGGUGCUCCUGAGACUGCUGACCAGUUUUACCUUAGAAAGCUCACUCCAAUUGAGUCUGGAUGUUGCAAGCCCCCUACAGCCUGCAGCUAUGUUUACAUAAACGAGACAUUUUGGUACCCACCAGAAGGGCAGGUGGGGCCUGAUCCCGACUGUUACCGGUGGAAUAAUGAUCAAGAUCAGCUUUGUUACAACUGCAACUCCUGCAAAGCUGGAGCAGUGGCCAGUGUGAAGACGAGUUGGAGAAAAGUAGCCGUGAUCAAUAUUGUCCUAUUAAUCCUUCUCGUAAUCUUUUAUGUUGUUGCAUGCGCUGCAUUCCUUAAUAAUAAAAGGCUUGACAACGAUGAACCCUAUGGUGAGACACGAAUGGAAAAGGCACAACCUAGUUGGCUGAAUUUGUAA